AUGCUGUCACUGCCUGUUGCUGACAGCGAGGACCCAGCCCAGCCCAAGGCCCAAAGCUACGGCAAGGCACCUGCCCCACACUACGCUUCGGCUAAGGCGCCACGCUACGCUCCUGCUCCGGCGCCAAGCCACGCCCCGGCUCCGUCGUACGGCCAGGCGCCUUCCUACGCCCCGGAGCCGCGCUACUACGCCCAGCCGUACCAGUUUGCGUACGCCGUCAACGACCAUUACAGCGGCUCAGUGUUCUCCCAGAACGAGAACAGCGACACCAAGGUCGUACAGGGCUACUACUCGGUCAACCUGCCCGACGGCCGGGUUCAGCACGUCAAGUACACGGCUGACAACCAGGGCUACGGCGGCUACAACGCCGAGGUCACCUACGACGGCGAGGCCCAGUACCUUGAGCGGGCCAGCUACGCUCCAGCCCGCUCCUACGCUCCUGCCGCUCCCUCCUACAAGGCUGCUCCCUCUUACCGACCUGCUGCUCCCUCUUACCAGCCGGUUCGCUCCUAUCAGCCCGCCCCCUCUUACAAAGCUGCUCGUUCCUACAAUCCUGCUCCUUCUUACCAGUCUGCUGCUCCCUCUUACAAGCCCGCUGCAACUGAUGGAGCUCCUUCCCAAUCGUACUAG